CCCACCGAAGAGGCUGCUGCUGAAGCCGUCCCAGACGCAGCCGGCGGCGUCCCACACCCAGCGGCUCCUCAGGCAGGACAUGAAGAAUCUCCACAGAGCUAAGCCUCCACACUCAGGAAUUCAAGAUAGCAAAGUGGAUCUGGAGAUCCACAGCUGAAGAACAAUACAAAGAAAUUGAUCAGUGUGGUCUGCAGAAAAGAUGUCUAGAAAGAAGGAUUGUGAUAAGGAGAGUUGCCCUGCUCUUGAACUGAUUGAUUUCAAGAAUGCUUUGGAGCAGUUCCAUAAUGUAGUUGAAAAAAUGAUCAUCCAGAAGACCAAGGAGCGUUCAGGCUUGUAUACUAAAGAUGAUGAUGAGAUAGACUAUGUGAAGUUCUAUAGAACAAUACGAACACUUUUUGGUCCAGCAGUCAAGGAUCAGAAUGUUCAGACCUUUUUCAGGAAGGUUAUGAGCAACCCUGAUGAAAGGCCAGAAUGGCCUGAGAUUUUUGGCUGUUUCACAGGAGAAAGUGUUGACAUGUCUUCCCCGUCGAAAGAAAGCAUGGUUUUGCUUGUAUCUGAAAAACAGCAGAUUACUCAUUCAGUUGUCAAGAGAAAAGAUGUGAUCAAGGGUAUAGUGAAGGUGCCCCUUCUGCAUUUCACAGUAACAGCCUCUCAAAAAGGAGUGCUAACUGUGUUUAACAAAAAGAUGAAGGUUCUGGCAACCAUCGAAGUUGAAGCUCCUACGUGGAUCAAUGGAUGUGAUUUCCUGCCUAAUCUGAAAUAUGUUGUGGCUGUAACUGAAAGCACAAUCAUUCUCUGGGACUAUAAAUCAAAAGAGACCGAGAGUGAUGGCUUUGUCAUCAAACCAAUGAAAAACUGUAUGCUCUGUGUUUGUACGGUGACUAUGGCAGAUGACCUGGCUAAGGAUACCAUCUUAAUGGGAGAUGAUAGGGGUUAUAUUUAUCUGCUUACUAUCACCAGUGAUGACUUCAUAAUGAAACAAUCUAAAGGCGGAAAAGAGUCACAAUUUAAAGUUUUGGACUCCGAAUCUUUUGACAUUCCUAAACGCAAGCUGCAUGAUGACUGGGUUGGGAAGAUUAGGUAUUUUUCUGCCCUAAAAUGUUUUGGAUCCUGCUCCACAGACAGUAUUAAUUCAUUUAUUUUGGAUGACAUAAAGCGACUAGAUGACCACUUACCUGUAAAGGAAUUUUCUGUCCCUAAAGGAGUAAAUGCUUUCACAUACUGUGGAAAGGCAAAUGUCAUUGUCACUGGAGGUAAUGACAGAAUCAUUCGUUUGUGGAAUCCAGUUGUUAAUUUGAGUCCUGUGGGGAAGCUACUAGGACAUAAACAUGGUAUUGUGGAAAUUGUGACAAAUGAAAAAGAUCAACAUAUCAUCAGCCUUUCCUGUGCAAAGGUUUUUAGAGUGUGGGAUAUACAGUCUCUUUCACCACUACAGGUCUUCCAUGAAAAUCAUGGAACUCCAGAAGAGAUGAAUGCCUUUCCCAUGGUGUUUGACAACGACCAUGGCAUGCUUUUCACAGGUUCAGAUGUCAUUGAUAUUUAUCCCCUAGCUAAUGUGAUACAAGCUUCAAAAGAGUUGCCUCAGACACAUGAGAAGAGCCUCAAUGUUCUGCUUUACAACAGAACUUUUCACCAGGUUCUCAGCAUUUGCACUGAGUCAGUUCUGAAGGUCUGGGACCUAGAAACAGGAUCUCAAAUAUAUCAAAUAGAAGAUGCACAUGGGCUGAAUACUGAGGUGACCUGUGCCGCCAUUGAAAUAAAUGGUGUUUAUCUUGCUACUGGGGCAUGUGAUGGAACAGUGAAAAUCUGGGAGUUUGAAAGCGGGCAAGAAGUUAAAGCCUUGCCUUUAGAGCAAGACAGCAAUGAUGAGCAUCGAGUGCUGAAGAUAGUAUAUCUGAAGGCUGAUGAGGGUCAACAUGCAGUUAUUGUUUUGGAGCAGAGAGGGAAGAUAAAAAUAAUUCAGGGUGACUCAGCUCAAACAGAUCUAUAUGUCACAUGGGUGCUUCCUGAGAUAGUGCCAUUUCCACGAAGGAAUCCAGUUGUCUAUCUGUCACUGAGGCCCAGCUCCUUAGAAACACAAGAUUUUUUUCCAGACAUUCGGCUUCUAUGUAACACCAGUUCCAUGAGAAAUGAUAAAGAGACUUUUUUAUCUUCUGUGGAUAUUAACUGUUUCGAUGUUUUAAAAGUAGAAGGAUGCAGAUUGAUAGCAACAGGAAGUGCAAAUGGUGAAAUAAAUUUAUGGGAUUUUGAAUCUGCUUCUGUGAAAUGCCUGCAUAAAACUACUGAAGACAGCAAGGGCUCUGGAGUGAAUGCCAUAUUAUUCCUCAUACGUAGUGUUUCUUCUUCCAGGAAAAGAAGCUCUGUGUCCCCUACUCCUUCUGUGAGAAGUGAUGCCAGUACCAUUCCAGAGCAGGAAAGUUCUUUGAACCUACAUGAGGAGGAAAAUGCAGAAAGUGGUGAAAUUAAUACUGAAAUAAAAACAGCAGAAGAAACAGCUAGCCGUAAGAACUCCCAAAAUCCAGAGAUGAGUGUACAGUUGUUGAAGGCUAAAGCAGGACAAUCACCUUUACUGGCUUCUGCUCAUGAAAGCAGCUGUGUCCGCCUGUGGAGUAUUCAGGGAAACUUGAUGAAAGAGCUGCUGCCAUUUUCAGAAGAUCCCUCAGGUCCUCUGACAGCACUGUCUACAGACAUCUUCACUAAAAUUCUUUUGGCAGGCAGUAAAAAGGGAUAUAUAAUUCGCUGGAACAUGGCCUCAUUCUUACAAGAUCCACGAAAUAAAAAAAAUGAGAUAAAGGAGGAGCUCUGCAGGAGGGCACAUGCUACUAAAGUGGUUGAAUUAUUUAUAGAAGAGGAGAAAAAUGUGAUAGUGACAGCAUCCAUUGAUGGUUCAGUCAGGCUUUGGCAUGCCAUGACUGGAUACUAUUUUGGUUACUUUGGACAAGCCAGGAAGUUUGAAUUAUCAGAUACCAGUCGGUUGAUUUUGCCUUCUGAUGUUAGUGCUUUUCCUGCUAUAAUUAAAGAGGAUAGCAAACGAACGGAAAAGAAGGUUAAAUAUCCUCUCAUACUGGACAGAGACAAGUAA